UUUGGCAUCACCAAAGUAGUUAAGUAGUUGUAAACUUGUAAAUAAAUUGUUUUGCAUUAGUACAUUACUGAGAUUUAGAAUUUUGCUUAUUAAAUAACCAUAACGUCUAUUUGAAAACUAAUUAUUAGACUCCGUGCAUUGAAUGUUGAUAAGUCCAUACAAUUUAAGUAAGAAAACAUUAUACACAUUUAAAGUUUGUUUUUAGAUUUCAUAGGUUAAGAGUUAGAAGAUGAAGUUAUUUUUCCCUAAGGCGCAGUGGAUGUGAACUACAGCUAACCAUGUAUUCUGAUGACACUGUGUAUGUUGGCUUAUUGGUAUUAUCAUUUUUAUUUAGCUUUUUAUUCAGAAAAGUUAAACACAAAAAUGUUAAACAAUGGAUAUCAACUAUUUAUGGAGUAAUUAUUGUACUAACGGUUUCUGGCUUACACAUUGUCCAUCCGAUAAUUUGCACACUAGUCAAUUCAAUUUUGAUACAAAUUGAUAAAAGGCGUUGUCAUAUAUUAAGUUUUUUAUUUACGUUUGGAUAUUUAAUAUUCUUUCGCAUGACAACAUAUUUUGGAAUACCAUACCCACCAGCUCAUACUAACUUAAUACAAAUGAUGCUUACUCUAAAGCUUGUUGGUCUUUCGUUUGAAGUCCAUGACAGUUAUUUAAUUAAAUUGAAAACAAAGGAUGCAAAAUGUGAUGCUGAAAAAAAAUUUAAAAUGAUUUGUCAACCUAGUUUUAUAGAAGUAUUUCAUUAUGCAUUUUGUUAUAUAGGCAUCUUAACAGGACCAUAUUUUAAGUAUCGUACUUAUUGGGACUUAUUUAAUCAUAAUUAUUGGAGAAAAGCUACUUAUAUUAAUUUAUUAGUUAAAAAAAUACGUAUGAUUCCAACUUUAAUUAUUUGUUAUUUGGCAACUUCGUGGAUAUUUCCAUUAAGUGAAUUCAAUAAUGACUCUUUUUAUACCUCAACAUCGUUGUCAUACAGAUUAUGGUAUAUGUACUCUUCAUUUUUUAUUUUUCGCACAAGAUUAUAUUUGGGCUUUAUUUUUUCUGAGCUUAUUUGUAUAGCUUCUGGAAUGGGUGCUUAUCCUGAAAUGACUGAUCCACAGUCUGGAAGUGGUCCAACUAAAAAUUUUGAAUUAUUAGAAACAGAAUAUUCUGGAAAAAGAGAGGCUUACAAUUUUGAUUGUAUUGAAAGUAUUGAUAUUAUGAAAGUAGAAACAAUUUCAACUGUCCGUGGAGCUACGAGAAUUUGGAAUAUGACCGUACAGUACUGGAUUGCUGAAUAUGUGUAUAGAAGAAUUCCUAUUAAAAAACUUAGAACAUUGGUAGCAUUUGGUAUUUCUGCAUUAUGGCAUGGCAUAUACGCAGGUUAUUAUGUUAGUUUAUGUUCAGUGCCUUUUUACUUAGCAGUGGAAGAUAUUUAUGAUAGACAAUACCGUAACUAUGCUGAUUCUGCAGGAAAACGCAUAUUAUGGACAUUCUUCUUAUACACUAUGAAAAUGUAUCAGUUUUCAUUUUGGGGAUGCACAUUUCAACUUUUACAUAUCGACCUCAUAUUUAAAUACUGCCAAUCUAUAUAUUUUCUCCCUUACAUUGUUUUAAUAAUUAUGUAUGCCAUCUCUCGAUUUAACAACUUUCGGACUAGUUGACCAAAUAAAACUAUUUGGCCUGUUGCAGUCAACAUCAGAGAAUUCCUCUAAGGGACUAGGAGCCUAUUAUGUUAUGUUUUGUUUUGUUUUGGUGAAGUAUACCAUAAUUUUAAAAUUAAUAAAUAAGUUGUAUAUUUUUCUUAUAUCUAUUGGCCUUCUACACCAAUGGGUCUAUAUGAAAAGAAAAUAUUGCCUUUUCGCCACAAUAUGAAAGACAUUUGUAAUAAAAUUUUAUACGAUUUACAAGUACAUUUUUAAGUGCUAUUUGUAUUAAGUUUAAUUUCAUAAGUGUAAAUACACAAAAUAAAAAGAUAUGCCCUCUGAUAUAAAAUAUGAAUACUUUUGACUAUUAAUUAUUAUCUAUUGUUAUGUAAAAUAAAAAAACUGUUUAUAAUUAUUUUAUUAGCUUAAUGUAUUAACUAAUAAUUGUGAAUAAAUAAUAUUAGUGAAUAUAUUAUAUGUGUUAUGUACAUGCUUUAGUGAUAGUAACAAUAAUAGAUACAAAUUCAACUUAUUACACUCCUAAAUACAAAUUUAUUUCUUUAUGGCUUAUUGAAAGUACAUAAAAAUAUGGGCUUUAAAACUUAAUAUUAUUUUAUAAAUAGUAUAAAAUUUAUGUUAAAGUAUCCAUGGAUAUGGCAUUUUGUAAUGGCUUUAAAAAUUAGUAACUUCCAUAUACCUAAUUUUUGUUUUUAUAAAAUAACCAAUUUUACCAAUUUAAAUUUACAUUAAAUACUAUGUUUUUAAUCAUAAGAAUUAAUUUAAUAUGUUGUGCCAUAUUGUUCUUUAUCAUAUUAAUAUAUAUUUAAACUUCCAACUAACAUCCUUAAAUAGUUAUUCUUUAAUUAUUGUUAGAAUAUAAAAAUAUACCUAUACCUAAAAGUUAAGACACAUAAUACACGCAUAAUUAUUAUAUAUACUUAAAAUUUGCCAUGCUCGUUUAAGUUAUAGGCAUUUAUAAUAUAUAAGAAUAAUUUAUAUUUGUAUGCUUUGGUAUAAAUGUGUAUACUAUAUGUAUAUAACUUAUGAUGUUUAAGUUAACUAUAAAAAUAAAUGUAUCUGAGUUUUUCGUAAAUAAUAAAGUGUUUUAUAUAUAUUUUUUUCAUUUUGGGCUACAUUUAAUUGUAUAUUUAAUUAAUUGUUUUAACUAAAUUAUUGUUUUUUUUUUUUGUUUUAUAAAAGGUCUCUAUAAGGAACUUAAUAAUUGAAUAAAUGUUUGAUUGUUUAUUUCUAAUUUAGCAUUUUAAUUUAUAAUGUAUGUUUUAAUUAUUGGUUAAAAUAAAUAACUAUAAAUAGUUAAACAUUUUUUAUAUAUUAUUUUAGUUCAUUUUUAGUUUAGCUAUAUAACAUCCCACUUUUGAUGUUGAGUGAGCAUCAUGCUCACUUCUCUGUUUUUCCAUUAUUAUUUAUUGUUUAAUUAACAUUGAACAUCAAAAUUCAAAGCCAAUACUUAAUAACUCAUAUUUUAUCUUUUUAUAAAAAAUAUUUUUACCAUUUUUGUAUAUUAUAAACAUUUCUAAUAAUACAGUUCAAAUAUUAUUUUC